UUUGUAGACCAGAAGAGCAACGAGAAUCAUCGCACGUUGGCACAGCGAGAACCGGCGCGGUACCUCUGGCAGGACGCACCGAAGAUUUCUGUUCCAAUUUUUUCUAUUCGAAAACAUACCCAAAACCGAACCGGAACCGGAACCGGAGUUAUUGAUUAUGGGACGAUGUGUGUUGUUGAUCAGCGAUUUUUUUUUUUGUUUUUAUUGACAAAAUGAAUCCAUGGCGUCACCAGCGAAGUCUAUACCUGUAUUUCCACGAUUUUUCUUCUUUUUUUUUGUCUCUUGAGGAGGAAGGGUAGGAAGUCCUGUCUGUGUUGUUUAUUGUGGGACGAUCGAUGUGUGUGAGCAGCAUUUUAUUUCUACUUGGGGUUUUGAGCAGGAAAAUCUGUGUGGUGGAUGUUGAUUUCUAAUGGCUUGCGGGCCCUCCUGGUCAAUUUUAUUUUGAGGGGCAUACCUUGCAGGGUUAGGAGAUCGGUUGUAAAUGUAAGUCUGACUCUUGGCUGUUCGUAGACAUGUAGUGAUCUGUUUUAGCUUUAUUGUUCGUACCGUACCGUAGGUUGCAUGACGUUAGAUACCACACCCCCUGGGCCGAUUUUCAAAGCUCGACCAUCGUCGACGAUGAGGAUGCCGAAAUCAACCGACGGAUGUGCUCUCGGGAAGCUCUGCAGGCGAGACAGCGGUUCCAAUGCCGCCAUUUCCGGCACCUGUCACCGCUUUUCCCGCCGAGUAGUCGAGCUCUGAAAAAAUCGAUCAAGGGUGUGUGAUAUUUUACGCAACCUACGGUAGGGGGCGUCACACCACACCAAGUAGCGUUUGCGCUCGCUGCCAUAUCGUCACUGCCACCAAUGAGGCGAUGGCGGUGGAAACUCCCCACAACCAACCCCGCUUGGAUAAAAAAGGUAUUAUUGUCGGUGGCGGUGGUGGUGCUCAACAACACCCACGGCGGCAGACGAUCGAUACGCACGACUUUGACUUGAGUCUUGUGCUGCCCUCACGCAGAAAGUUAUUUGUUGCGGCUUUUCGUAGAGCAUCGUUGUCUGAUGCAGUUUUCCCUAUUGAGUGCGGUGGGAUUGACGCUCAUCCCCAUUUUGUGUGAGAACGGAAUGCUUGUAUUCUUCCGGAGCGAGGAAAGUUUUUACAAUUUGUUUUAUUGUCUUGCGUGUAACCUUUUUGCGUCCUGUUCUUGCUCAUGGGUGCAUCUCUACCAAUCAUUUGGUGUAGGCAAGAAAGCUUUCCCUUGUUUUGGGUGUAUCUUUAUUUUGUCCCGUUUGCCCAUACGUGCAUCUGGACAAUUCAUCUUGUGUUGUAGGCCAAGGAAGUGUUUUUCUGCUUCUUUCUUCGGUGUAAUUUUUGUGCCUCCCGUUUGCCCAUCUACCUGGUAAUUCGAAGCAAAUAUCGAC